UCGUGCCGCCGCUGCUCAGUCCGCCUCCGCCCUACCACCCUCCGCCAGACUUCCGCCGCCAUAGCGCUGCUCCUCCCUCCACCACCUGCUGAAGGGAGAUACCACCAGUCCAGGCGUCGAGUUAUUUCUUCUUUCGUUGUUUGAGGUUCCCAUAUCUCUCUUUGGAAAUGCAUCCCCCUCUGACUUUACAUAGGCAUCCAAUGUGUGCCGAGAUCAUUGAAGAAUUCCAGAAGUGCCAUCUGGAUCACCCUGUUAAGAAGUUCUUUGGAGAGUGCACAGACCUUAAAAUCAAGCUAGACCGCUGCUUCCGACAGGAGAAAGCUUUGAAGAGAAAGGCAAACUUUGAAGAGAGCAAGAAAUUUAAAGAACAGUUGCAGGCUUACAAAAGGGAAAUUGCAGAGAAAAACGAGGAAUAAGAACUUGGAAUGGAGAACAAGGCCGAAGAGGCUCUUAAUCUGUGAUGACCUGUCCUUAAUUUUGUGAAGGAUUUGUUGAGUGUUUUUGAACCGCAUGUUUCUAAAAAAUAUUAUUUAGUUUUCCAAGUAGCAGCUAAGCUUCAACAGCUUCAAAGUUUCUUGCUUGACUAUGGAAUAUGUUUCCAAUUUGUUCGUGCAUGCUUGUGCAACACUGCUUUGUGUCAGUCUGUCAGAUAUGGACAACUCACUCUUAUUCCCUAGUAUAAGCAGUUUAUUGGUGAGUUCCUUCUA